CCAUAGGAUAACCCUAGCCCACAUAUAAAAUGGAGAAAACGUUUGGCAUUUCAAUCUGGCAAUCUCUCGUUUUACUUUUAUCGCGUUUGGCGAUUUCCGGCGGUGCAGGACCUGCUAGGCGGCCCGUCUUCUCCGGCGAUUCAGGUGGAUUCUCCUCGUGAUUGUCUUCGGCGUAUCCCGGUGGACCUGGGGCAGAAACCCUUGACGGCCGGUUAGGGGUUUUCCUCUCUUUUUGAUCAUUCACAGAGAAAUAUCGGUCGAUUCCAUUUCGAAUGAUCUUGAGUUUUGUAGAAUAUGGGUAAAUAUCACCGAAGGAUCACUGGGUUUUUGAUGUAUGAACGAUUUGGGAUUCAAAAAUUCCCAAAUCGGAGCUAUAAAGUGCGAUCUGGAACAUGCAUGACCAUAUCUGUAAGAUCUGGAACCAAGAACUGGACAUGCACAGGAGCAAUUCUACUUGAGGAUUAUCACUUGUUGGAGAAGCUUGCUAAUUUUGAUUAUGAAAGGAUUCCAGAAUGUGUUGUACAUGCCAAGGGAGCAAGUGCCAAAGGUUUUUUUGAGUUCUCCACUGUUAUCUAUGAUUGUGGAAGCCCUGAAACCCUCCGGGAUCCCAGAAGCUUUGCAGUGAAGUUUUAUACCACAGGUAUGCUGAUGAUUUAUUUCCAAGGUUCAUAGCAUGCUUGUGCAGUGAACUUAUCUUAUUUUUCUUGAACACAGGAUCACCAAUUAAGUUUUAAUUCAUUUUGUUAAUGUUCAUAGCUUUUGAUCUUUUUAAUUCUUUGUACAAUUUUCUGUUACUGGACGUUCUACUGUGCUGUAUAGUUUUAAAUGACAUCUUUACGUA